AUGAAGGUCGUCGCUCUCAUCGCCACAGGAGCCGCCGCCCUGGCGUCGAUUCCCUCAGUCCAAGGCCACGGCUACAUCGUGGACCCUGCAGCGCAAUGGACCCAGGGAUACGCGUCCAACGGAUACGGCAGCACCAUCGACAACAAUGUCUGGGGCGAAAUCGACGGCGGGAAGUAUGGCUACGGGCCCACAGGAGCGAUCGGCUUCUUCAAGGCCAACUUCCCCAAGAAGGGGGGCGGCUCUCUCGGCGCGUUCAUCGCCAAGAACCAGAAGCUCUACAGCAGCUCAGUCGAUCCAAACUGCGGCCUGACGACCUACAAGGAGUCGGCCCGUUCGAAGCUGCCAUCGUCGCAGAUCGAGUACACGGGCUUCACGCACCCCGGUCCGUGCGAGGUCUGGUGUGACGACACCAAGGUACUGUUCGACUACGACUGCCAGACGAAAUUCGCCGGCAGUCCGGCUAAGAUGGCCUACGACGAAUCCAAGUGCGCCAACGCCAACCGACUGACGAUCUACUGGGUCGCAAUGCACGGUUCACCGUGGCAGGUUUACACCGACUGCGUGUGGCUCGAGGGUGGCUCGGGUGAGGGUGCCCCGCCUUCCGCUGUGGGCGCUGGCGCGUCCACGGUAGCCGACGGCUCGGCCUCGAACUCGACGAGUACCAGUACGACGACAAAGGCCCCGUCCUCCAGUACAACGACGACCGCCCCCUCCGUCUCAACCACGUCGGAAGAGACUGGCAACGAGGCGUCCAGCUCUGUCGGCGCGGCUUCGGAGACGGACGACUACUCGAGUCCUUCGUCGGGUUCUAGCGGUAUCGACGCCAUCACGGUGACUGCGUCGCCUACCUCCGUCUCGACGGAGGCUCCUUCGACGCCUGCCACGGAGGCCCCGAGCGCGCCUUCGAGCGGCACCAAGUGCUCCCGCCGUCGCCAUUAG